AUGUCUGCGCCUGGUCCGCAGACGCCGCGGCACUCGCCGCACCCGUCGCUCGAGUUCCAGUCCCCCGCAUCAUACUCGCCCCAAGAGCGCAGACAGUCCAAGACAUCCCUCCACGACCCCUCGACGCCGCUGCGAAACAGUUUUAACAACCCCGAGUCCCUCGACAUGGCCGUCUUUAGCAGUGGGGGGUUCGGCGGCGGUGGUGGUGGUGGUGGCGGCGGCGGCAACGGUCUAGGAAACCUGGCAGAUGAGCUAGCUGGUGCGUUUUCCGACGGAGAAGGUGACGACGUUGACGAUGACGACUACUACGGGGACGACAGAGGCAGCGCGCCUCCAGAUAUCAGCUUCGACCUGGACGACAGCCUAGAGCAGCAAGGCCACGACGAGAAGGAGGCUGGCAUAUUAAUACGAGACAGCGGCGUGGACGUGGAAAGCACAGGGAGCCAGCCGGGCGGCGCGAGGGGGCAAAGGAACCGCGCAAGCCUCGGCCUCCCGUCCCCCGUAAAUGGGAGGGGCCACCGGCGAGCGCCGAGCGAGUACGACGGCAGCGAGUACGGGUCCGAGUCGGAUCUGGAGUCGCCCGGCAUGCCGCCGAAGCUGGUCGAGAAGAUGGGCGAGGUCGAGUCGCUGGCGCGGAGGGGCACGGAGAGCAACGGCUCGUCCACAGACGGCGUCUUCCAGCGCGUCACGGACGGCCUCCGGGACCUUGGCUCGCAGUCUGGCGUCGAGGGGGGAGCUACAAGGCUGAUAACGGCGCAUUCGGCCCUCACCACACACAUGAGCCACCAGACGCGGCAGCUGCACAACCUGACGUUCCCGCUGCUCUCGCCGCUGGUGGCGCCGCCCGACGCCGACACGGUCGACGAGCUGCUGCCGAUGCUGGUGUCGCUGUCGGGCUGCAUGCCGCGGCCGUCGACGGGCGCCUUCAACUCGCUGGCGUCGCUGCACGCCAUCACGGUGGACCUAGUGCAGACGCUCAACUACCUCUCGGACACGCUGCACAUGUCGCGGCAGACGACGACGACGGCGACGCGCCGGCUCAAGAGCGCCAGGGACCUCGUGGCCGAGAUGAAGCGCGACGACGAGCUGCGCGACGAGGGCGAGCGCUGGAUCGCCCGCGGCAACUGGGGCGACCGCCUGCAGCGCCGCGAGUGCGCCGGCGUCUGCGGCGACGUCGUCGGCGGCUUCGAGGAGGUCUGCGACGCCUGGAGGAAACGCCUCCAGGCCCAGGCCGAGCCGUCGUCAGCCUCGCCGCCGCCCGCCGAGCAGGCCGCCUGA